AUGGCUUUACCCGCAAGCAGGACGCUUUUGGCGCUAUUCGUUACGUUUUGCGCACCAGGAUGCGGAUGGGCAGCAGAGAAGUCCCUGCGGUCACAAAAUGGGAAACAGACAUCUGUGGAUAAGGGCCUGAGGGAGAGCUGGGAGCCUUCAAUUCAUCUGGAUGGAAGACCUGUGGACCGCUUUGUCAUCAGCUCCAACAAACCUACAAGGUCUCACCGCUUCGUCAAAGGAAAGGACAGUCGCUCGCAUCUACUGGAGGAUGUAGACCCUGAAUGGGUUAACCUGGACGGCUUUGCUGUGUUGGGCGGUGCACCGGUCAGGAACUCAUCAGCAGGUCCAGCCAGGUCACCACAAACUGUUGUCAGAAAUCAGCCUUCAGUUCAUCGGGCCACCAGGGUGAACAGAACAGCCCGCCCUUUGGGAGUGUCUAAUACCAGGACACACAGGAGGGCCCCUCAGUCCUCCUCAGGUCCCAGGCAGCCUGAGAGAGCUUUGCCAGGAGCUCCCCUGUUGGAAAGGAGACCCCAACACCACACCAAGCCUCAAUCUGACCAGAGAAACCGAAACACCGCCAAACUAACGUCUGAGUCCGUUCAUGUGGUGUCACUGCAGGCACAGAAAGCCCCAAGUCAGAGCGCAUCCGCCAACAGAGCAGUCAAAACCAAAACAACCACACCAGAGCCACCGGAGUACGAGGCCAAGGACAUCAGUGUCAGGGUCAUGUCUCCUCAGUCAGUCCUCAUCUCCUGGGUUGACCCUGCUGUUGAGAUGGGAAAGGUCGUCCCUGGGGUAAUCAGAUCCUACACAAUUAGGUACAGGGAGAAGGGUGAGUCAGCACGCUGGGAGUACAAGGACAGCACCCAGAGGAGGAUGAUGAUAGACACCCUGUCUGCUGACGGCAUGUACGAGUUCGCUGUCAGAAUCUCUCAGGGAGAAAAUCAUGGAAAGUGGAGCGUCUCUGUCUUUCAGAGGACCCCUGAGUCAGCACCAUCUGGGCCACCAGAGAACUUUGAGGUCAAACCACUUCGAGGGAAAGGAACUGCUGUCAUAGCAACAUGGGAUCCACCUGAAGAACCCAAUGGGAGGAUAAGAGAGUACAUCUUGUCUUAUGCUCCUGCUAUGAAGCCAUUUGGAAUGAAAAGUGUGACGUACCGUGGCAGCAGCAGCACAGCCACCGUAGAUGGUCUCACGCAGGGAGAUCGGUACAUCUUCAAGAUUCGAGCCACCAACAGGAGGGGUCAGGGACCACAGAGCAAGGUCCUCAGUGUUGUCAUGCCAGGAUCCAGCAGCGCUGCCUCGUCGUUCUCAAAAACCAAGGACAGCCGCAGGACUAUCCACACUCCUUCCAAACAGGACACCGACCAUGAUGAAUCUGAGCUCCGGUUAACAAAGGUGACAGAAGAACCAAUCACAACCCCUCAGCCACGCUCUGCUGCACCUGUCAACAGGCGUGUACGGCCACUUUCCCAGUCACGCUCCUAUCACAGCAUCUUCUCCUCUGUAAGGGGCUCAGUCAGGAAAGCAGUGAACAGAGGGUCGUCCAGAGGAAGAGAUCAAGAUAGAGAAGAGGAAGAGGAAGAAGAGGAGAAAAUAUCCACAACUGCAUCUCCAGUAGAAGAGACGACAACCAUGGAGGUUGUACUGGAGACAAAAGAACCGGACAAUGAUGUUUCCCCUGAAUUUGAAGAUGAAGUGGGAUAUGAUGAACAACCUCUGACUACCGAGACCCCCAGCCUCAAAGUUUCAAAGCCCUCCCCAGUUAAACCUCGUCCCAAUCCUCCGCCCAGGAGGCCCAUUAAGAUCAGAGUCCAUCAGAAACCAGGAUCCAAAGCUGCUUCUUCUUCUUUGUCUAAAUCAUCUUCAUCUUCCUCAUCUUCUGCCACUUCCCCCCUUUACUCCUCUUCUUUUGAUUCCUCCUUAUCUUCUACUCCCUCCUCACGUAUUCAAGAGUCAGCAGCGAGUAGAAAGGACUAUGUGGCUUCCUCAUACCCAGAGAGCAAAGACACCUACGAUAAGCCCAGCAUAACACAUAGUAAACCCUCCUCUGCAGUUGUAAAAGAGACCAAUUCACAGCAGACAGAGGCUACAUCUGUUGGAAGAGGUUCGGGUUCAGCGGGGCGCACCAAGGGGUCUGGGUUGGGCUCGAGAUAUGGUUACAGUCGAAGACAUUCUGGAAAUUUGUUCAGAGGGAAUUCAACUCGAUUGCUAAAUGGUUACAAACCUGCUGUAACCUCACAGUUGAAUUUACCAAACAGAACUCCAAACCAAGCAACUUCAAACACACAUAGCUCAGCAACGUCACAGUCCACUUUACCAGACAGGACAUCAUCUGAGCCAGACGCAACAAAUAAGGAGGGAAAUGAUGAGAGCAAUCCCAAAAACACAGAUGCAGAAGUAACCACAGUCGAAGAGCCUACUUCAAGCUCUAAACCACAACCCACAGAGGAGGAGAGGGAGGAAGAGGCAAGGGAGGAUAGCAGUAAUGAAAAACCUGUUGUUUCUCGUACCAGAAUUAACCCCUCAUUUGCUGAAAGGUUCCCUUGGCUAGCUAGCCGUUACCCAGGCAGGUUUGGUUCAGGGACGAGAGCUUCUUCAGCCAGACAGGACGGUAGGACCUCCUUGACGAGGGCGUCAUCCUCCAUGGGGGCUGGCCGACCCAUCUUGAGGGGGACACCCACUAGAGUGUCAGGUGCCACAGGUGCCGCAGGAGUAUCCACGAUACAGGAGACAAGUGACGAUCUGAGGACGCAUGAUUCACUAAAAAAUGGGGAGGGCGUGGGUUCAGUUAAGCCCUCUUUGACCAAUAAAAAUACAGUCUCUAGUGACGCUAGAAACCCAACUACCUCAUCCUCUUCAUCAACUUCAUCAUCUUCCUCUUUGGCAGCAACUUCUUCAAACUCUGAUUCCCAUUAUUCGUCAGGUAGACGCGGACACUCAAAUGAGCCAGUCCAUAGAGAAACGUCUAAUAACAAUAACAAUGAUCAUAAUGAGGAUUAUCUCGAUGAAAAGAGUAGAGAAAUCAGUGGAAAAAAUGAUAAAGUUGUUUUAACUUCAGCUGACCCUAAAAAACAUGUAGAAGACAAUGACAGUGUGGAUUCAAGGGCAACUGUUUCCAGGACAAGACCUGGAUCACCGUCUGGAGGCACUCAAUCUCAUCGUCGUCCUGGUGUGGGGUUGAAUGGGAGAGUACACUCUCCUGUGCUUGCUAACCGGCAGUUUGGUGGAUCUAGGCUUGCCAUAAGACCACAACCAGCACAGAACUCAAGGAUUGGUUCUUCAACGUCCGAUUCCUCCUCCUCCUCAUCAUCAUCAUCAUCAUCAUCAUCAUCUGACUCCUCUUCUUCCUCAAAGUUGCCCCAGCCAGUUUUGACCUCAGAUCAUGACGUUGGUGGUGGUACUACUGUGACAAAGACAGGGGGAUUAAUUGAUGGCAACUCCCGGGGCCAGGGAGGUCGGUCUCGCUAUCCCAUUGUCAGAGGGAAACCAACCAAUGGAGGACUACUCAAGCCUGCAAAUGGAAAUGGUAAAAAUGGACGACCAAACCUGACAGCAACAAGUGAUAAAGAUUCCUCUUCCUCUCGUGGAACCAGCAAGGCCGUUGGUCAAAAGUUUAUCACAGGACCUGAUGGAACAAAAUGGAUAGUAGACUUGGAGCAGGGGGUUCUUAUGAACCAGGAUGGUCAGGUUCUCCAGGACUCCCAGGGCAGGCCUAAAAGAGUGGUGCUUGGAGAAGACGGACGCACAAUUUUUGACCACAUGGGCAGUCCCCUGUUAAACCAGGAAGGCAUGGCUCUGUUUGGUCACGGCCGAGAUAGCCGGCCUGUGGUCAAUCCCAAAGACAAGGUCCUCAUGGUUGGAGGGAAACCUGUACUUGGCUUGGACCGUCCUCAACUUAGGACCACCACUACCACCACCACCACCACCACCACUGCCACCACCACGGUUCCUACCACCACACCUGAACCCACCACCACCGAGUGGAUCAUAGAAGAGUCUAGCACUGCACCACCAUUCCCAACCUGUCCACCUGGAACCUUCUCCAAAACAGAUGAAUACGGGUAUCCGUUGCUAGAUGCAGAAGGAAUAUUGGACUGUUAUCCAGAAGAGGAAUCCUCAGGAAUGGAAAUGGACUACAUGGUUACAGUGACCAUGGUGCCUGAUGCUUUAGUUCUUAAGAAAGAUGAGCUUAUUCUCCAGACCACCCUGACACCCACCACCACCACGACAGCGAUCCCGACUCCGGAGCCAGACACCAGACCAUUCAACCAUGGCCCAUCAUCGGAGUUUGACCUCAGUGGGAAGAAGCGAUUCACAGCUCCCUAUGUGAACUACAUCCAGAAGGACCCGGCUUCUCCUUGCUCCUUGACAGAGGCUCUGGAGUAUCUUCAGGUUGACGUCCUAGAAGACCUGAUAAAGAAGGACAGCCUGGCAGCCAAUCAGAAUCAGCCUCCCAAAAACAAGCCUCAUAACCUCACUGUGGUCGCCAUGGAGGGCUGCCACUCCUUUAUCAUCCUGGACUGGGCUCGCCCAAUGAGGGAUGAUAUGGUGUCAGGCUACAUGGUCCACAGCGCUUCAUAUGACGAUGUCCUCAACAAUAGAUGGUCCUCUAGUCCCUCCAAAGGGACACACCUGGCUUUGGAGAAUCUAAAACCAAACUCUAGAUACUACUUCAAAGUGCAGGCCAAGAACGUGUUUGGUUUGGGACCCGUCAGCGAUACGCUCACCUAUGUCACCGAAUCAGACGAUCCUCUUCUCAUUGAAAGACCACCUGGUGGAGAACCAAUCUGGAUUCCCUUUACCUUCAAGUAUAACUCAGCCCACAGCAGCUGUAAGGGCAGCCAGUUUGUCAAGAGGACAUGGUACAGGAAGUUUGUGGGCGUGGUUUUGUGUAACUCUCUGCGAUACAAGAUCUUCAUGGGAGAUGGUCUUAGAGAGCCCUUUUACAGUAUAGGGGAUACAUUUGGUCAGGGAGAAGACCAUUGCCAGUUUGUGGACUCCUACAGGGACGGAAGGACAGGUCCGGCCUACCUCUCAAAUAAUCUGGCCUCAGCACAAGGAUUCUAUCGCGCCUACAGACAGGAGCCUGUUUCAUUUGGAGUUAUUGGUCGACGCACAUCCCAUCCAUUCGUGGGCUGGUAUGAAUGCGGUGUGCCCAUCCCCGGGAAGUGGUAAAACAGGAGGAUUAGGAGACAUUGUUACCGUGGGCGACCCUUCUGUAUCCUGCCGCGGGCUCUUACUGGCUCUGGUUCUGCCAUUAAAAACAGACUUUUGCCUGCCACAAUGAAAUAACACCACUACGAAUUCAUAAGAGCGUCACAGAAAGAGAAUAUAGUACUUUUUAAACAACCCAAUGUAUAUCAUUACAAUGCACUUUUGUUAUAUAAAGCAGUCUGUAUAUGAGGGAAAAAAAAGAAGCAUGUGUGCUCUUGCUUAAUAUAACUCUUGUCUUAAAGUGUCCUUGUAGUAUUCCCAACUAUCCUAAAGACAGGUCCUCACCCAGUGUUAUUUAUCUCAUUAAUAGAGCACUCACACAGUCAAACCAGUGACAUUGGACCAAAGCACAAGCUGCAAAGCAAACUGUAAGAAUGGGCACUUAAGGUGUGUAUAGGUCUGUUAAUUUUCCGUUGUGGGAUUUGUAUUUCAUAAUGUAAUGGCUUCUGACAGCUACUGUUUGUCUGUUUAUUUGUUUUCUUAAACCAUCAUACAGUUUUUUUACAUCCUUUUGGAAUUCACCAGAAUUCAAUAAAAGUUACUGUUUAAGUUUUGUAUGUACACAGACAAAGAAUAAAAUACCAAAUAUUUGCUCAGGAAUUGUGAGAGACUGAA